GGACCGCAACAGCGCUGUCCAAGAAAGGGCCUGGGGUUGAAAGGAGCCCUGUUCACCAUGGGUGGCAAUGCUGACGGACAGCCCUGCAAGUUCCCGUUCCGCUUCCAGGGCACAUCUUACAACAGCUGCACCACGGAGGGCCGCACGGACGGCUACCGAUGGUGCAGCACCACCGAGGACUACGACCGUGACAAGAAGUACGGCUUCUGCCCUGAGACCGCCAUGUCCACAGUUGGUGGGAACUCAGAAGGUGCCCCGUGUGUCUUCCCGUUCACCUUCCUAACCAAGAAGUAUGACAGCUGCACCACCGCCGGCCGUGGUGACGGAAAGCAGUGGUGCUCCACCACGGCCAACUUCAACGAUGACCGCAAGUGGGGCUUCUGCCCUGACCAAGGGUACAGCCUGUUCCUCGUGGCAGCCCACGAGUUUGGCCACGCCAUGGGGUUGGAGCACUCACAGGAUCCUGGAGCCCUGAUGGCGCCCAUUUACACCUACACCAAGAACUUCCGCCUGUCCCAGGAUGACAUCAAGGGCAUUCAAGAGCUCUAUGGAGGCUCCCCUGACACUGAAAAUGGUACUGGCCCCACUCCCACGCUGGGACCUGUCACACCUGAGAUCUGCGUACAGGACAUUGUCUUUGAUGGCAUUGCUCAGAUCCGUGGUGAGAUCUUCUUCUUCAAGGACCGGUUCAUUUGGAGGAUGAUAGCGCCACAUGACAAGCCUACAGGGCCCCUGCUGGUGGCCACUUUCUGGCCUGAACUCCCGGAAAAGAUCGAUGCUGUCUAUGAGGCCCCGCUAGAGGAGAAGGCUGUGUUCUUUGCAGGGAAUGAGUACUGGGUCUAUUCAGCCAGCACCCUCGAACCAGGGUACCCCAAGCCACUGACCAGCCUGGGAUUGCCCCCUGAUGUCCAGCGAGUGGACGCUGCCUUUAACUGGAGCAAGAACAAGAAGACAUACAUCUUUGCUGGAGACAAGUUCUGGAGAUACAAUGAGGUGAAGAAGAAAAUGGAUCCUGGCUUCCCCAAGCUCAUCGCAGAUGCCUGGAACGCCAUUCCUGAUGACCUGGAUGCUGUUGUGGACGUGCAGGGUGGUGGUCACAGCUACUUCUUCAAGGGUGCCUAUUAUCUGAAACUGGAGAACCAAAGUCUGAAGAGUGUGAAGUUUGGAAGCAUCAAAUCUGACUGGCUGAGCUGCUGAGCUGGCCUUUGCUCCCACAAGUCCUUCCUCACCAUCACCUUCCGCAGACCGGGCCCUGAGCCCCAGAGAAAGACCCGGAGGGGCCUGGAACUCCUGCCUUCAGCUCUGUAGUUAAUCAGCAUUCUCAUUCCUACCUGGUAAUUUAAGAUUUCAGAGAGUGGCUCUGCCCUGUGCCCAAGGAAAGGUGCUGAUUGUACUCCUCCCAGGUGUCCCUUCCCCCUUCAAUCCCACCAACCCUCAGAGCCACCCCAAAGAGAUGUUUUGAUAUUCUCAAUGCAGUCCUGCUUUGGGCUGCCCUGGUGCUGUCACGCUUCAGGCUUUUCUCCCUUCCCAACCUUCUGUGGCUCACAGCAGCCGUGGAGCCAACAGAGACUGUCUCAAGAGGGCACUGGUGGCCCAACAGCCUGGCAUGGGGCAGUAGGAUAGGGGCACGGCCAGGUGGCCACCCCAGAUACCUGGCUUGUCACUGCUAGCUGCCUUAGAAACUUCCCUACGUUAGCAAUUUGCUUUUAUUCACUUUGUUCUUUUCUUCUGGCUUUUUUACUUUUCCGCUUUGAUACUGCAUUUCCUGACAGAAGGACUCAGGUUGUCUGAAGUCGUUGCAUGAUGCAUCUCGGCCCACAUAGGGAUGGUUCCCUUGUUCACUCUAUUUAGUGUGUCCCCGCCCAGUCACUUCCUUCACUGGAUGGAGGAAAACCGAGCCAUGGCUCCCUGCUCAGCCCUCCCCGCCUCUCCCUUCAACAGUUCCCCAUGGGAAAUGUCAACAAGUAUGAAUAAAGACACCCAUUGAGUGGCA